CGGGGCAACCCCAGAAAAGCGUCGGCUGCACUGAUGGAGAGGAAGAUGGAGGAAAACAAUGACAGAGACGUCGAGCCUGGCAGCGAAACUGGAGGGGAAGAUGCUUUAGUAGGGAACGUCAACAAGCUGACAGUAAGCCCACCUGGAUACAAUGGACCUCUACGAAAAGGACAUCUGAUUUUUGAUGCCUGCUUUGAAAGUGGGAAUCUGGGCCGUGUAGACUACAUCAGUGACUUUGAGUUUGACCUCUUCAUUCGACCCGACACCUGCAACCCACGCUUCAGAGUGUGGUUCAACUUCACUGUGGAGAACGUCCGCGAGACACAGAGGGUGAUUUUCAAUGUGGUCAAUUUCUCAAAAACCAAGAGUCUGUACAGAGAUGGCAUGUCCCCUGUUGUAAAGUCUACCAGCAGGCCAAAAUGGCAGAGGCUUCCACCAAAAAACGUCUACUACUACCGCUGCCCUGACCACAGACGCAACUACGUGAUGUCAUUUGCUUUUUGCUUCGACCGAGAAGAUGAUGUGUACCAGUUUGCAUACUGCUACCCCUACACCUACACCAGACUGCAACAUUACCUUUCUAGCUUGGAGCGCAGAAACCUUCCCUACCUGCAGAGGGAGCAGCUUGGACUUAGUGUGCAACAAAGACAACUGGACCUGCUAACCAUCACCAAUUCUGAUAAUGUGAGUUCAGAGAGGGAGAAGAAGCUGGUUUUUCUCACAGCUCGUGUUCACCCUGGAGAGUCUCCGGCCUCUUUUAUCUGUCAAGGUGUCAUUGACUUCCUGGUGAGCCAGCAUCCAGUUGCCCAAAUCCUGCGUGAUCAUGUGAUCUUCAAGAUAGUCCCCAUGCUUAAUCCUGAUGGAGUCUAUCUGGGAAACUACAGGUGUUCUCUGAUGGGCUUCGACCUGAAUCGCCACUGGCAGGAUCCCUCUCCAUGGGCCCACCCCACGCUGCACGCCGUUAAACAGCUCAUAGUGCAGAUGAACCAAGACCCGAGUGUGAGUUUGGAGUUCUAUAUAGAUGUGCAUUCCCACUCCACCAUGCUAAACGGCUUCAUGUAUGGAAACGUGUUUGAGGACGAGGAACGUGUUCAAAGACAGGCCGUGUUUCCCAGACUGCUGUGCCAAAAUGCGCCGGACUUCUCCUUUUCAAACACUUCUUUUAACCGGGACAAGGUGAAGGCCGGUACCGGUAGGCGCUUUCUUGGCGGUCUUCUGGAUGAUACUUCCUACUGCUACACUCUUGAGGUGUCCUUCUAUGGCUACAUGACAGCUGGCAGCACCGCCCCUGUGCCAUACUCUGAGGAGAUGUAUAUGAAACUUGGUAGAAAUGUGGCUCGAACCUUCCUGGAUUAUUACAAGCUCAACAACCUCAUCAAGGAAAAUAGACCAACUAAUAUACAAAGAUGGGAUGUCCCAGAGAGACAAAAGCAAGACAGGGAGCAGCACUGGUGUUGGCAGGGACACAGGCGACAGGAAAAAGGAGAAGAGCCAAAGUUUUGGACACUAGUAGAGACGCAGACUAAGGACGAUUCUUUAGACUCUGCAUUAAUGAGAAACACGUCUCCUUGACUAUCUAUCCAUAUAUACCUCUUAUUGCUGUUGAUUAAGGUCUCCAAACAACUAGAAGUGGUUACCAGUCCAACACAACUUAUAGUAGCAUGCACUUAGACCUCUGCU